UCUAAGAGACGGUCGUCAUUUCCUGUCAUCUGCCUUAGGCUCCUCUAAAUUUUCUUUUCACCAGAGGAUUGCCUAACACUCACACAGAGACACACACUCACACACACAUUUCUCUCUCUCUUCUCUCCAUUAUAAAUAAUUUUUUUUUUAAUAAUUUCUUUCUCACAGCCCCUCAUCUCAGCUAGGAUUUCCAUUGCCCCUUUUUUUAAUUUUUAUUUUACUACUAUUUAAAAGGAGUGGAAUAACCAAGAAAAGGGCAAAGAGGAGAGGGACCUCUGGGGUAGUGAGAGAGAAAGAGAGAGAAGAGGAUGAGCAUAUCCUCUGUUUUUAUUGUGGACAUACAUAUUUAUUCCUCUUCUUAGAUCUUAUUGGUUUCAUCCUCAUCAAUUCCUUCUCAUCUGGGCUAUCCUUCAAAUGAGGUGCUGGAUUGAGUUUUAAUUGAUGCAUGAAGGAUCCGAUGAUCCUGGAUUUUUUCCAACUUUUCCCACGUGCUAUUUGAUCGGUGUCUUUGCUGGGCUCUGCCUGAUUUUCUGGAUAAGAAAGGAUGGAAUCAGAUCUCGGUAAGCUGUUCAUCGGUGGGAUUUCUUGGGAUACGGAUGAGGAUCGCUUAAAAGAAUAUUUCAGAGCGUUUGGUGAAGUGGUAGAGGCAGUGAUCAUGAGAGACCGCAAUACUGGUCGUGCUCGUGGCUUCGGUUUUGUUGUCUUUGCUGAUCCUGCAGUUGCUGAAAGAGUGGUUAUGGAAAAGCACGUGAUUGAUGGUCGUACUGUUGAAGCAAAGAAAGCUGUUCCAAGGGAUGAUAAACACAUAAUAAAUAGAAAUAGUAGUAGCAUUCAAGGAUCACCAGGUCCUGGACGCACCAAAAAGAUUUUUGUAGGAGGCUUAGCAUCUACAGUCAAUGAGAGUGAUUUCAAGAAAUAUUUUGAGCAGUUUGGUAAUAUUACAGAUGUUGUAGUGAUGUAUGACCACAACACCCAAAGGCCACGUGGCUUUGGCUUCAUAACGUAUGAUUCAGAAGAUGCAGUGGACAGGGUGUUACAUAAAACCUUUCAUGAGCUCAAUGGAAAGAUGGUUGAGGUAAAGCGGGCUGUUCCGAAAGAGCUAUCUCCAGGGCCUAGCCGUAGUCCCCUUGUUGGAUACAACUAUGGUUUCAAUAGAGCAAAUAACUUCCUUAACAGCUAUGCACAAGGAUAUAAUCUGAGUUCACUUGGAGGCUAUGGUGUCAGGAUGGAUAGUAGAUUUAAUCCAGUUGCUAGUGGUCGCACUGGCUUCUCUCAAUUUGGUUCUCCUGCUUAUGGAAUGGGUGUGAAUCUGGACCCAGCAUUGAGUCCUGGUUUUGGUGGGGGUUCGAGCUUUAGUAACAAUCUUGGUUAUGGGAGGGUUUUGAACCCCUAUUUUGGUGGCAAUUCAAGCAGGUACAGCACUCCAAUUGGAUACAACACAAGCAGUAGCAGAGGAGAUUCAUUUUUAAGUUCAUCAUCUAGGAACUUAUGGGGAAAUGGUGGUCUGAAUAAUUCUGCAAAUACUGCCAGCACUGGUUCAUACCUGGGCUCUGGAAGUGGUGGCUUUGGAGUCUUUGGAGUCAAUGGAGCAAACUGGGGCUCUUCUGUUUCUGCUCCUGUUGGUGGUAAUUCUUCUAAUUAUGGCACUGGAAAUGCUGGGUUCAGAGGUGGAGAAAACAGUUAUGGCCUAGGAUCUGGAGGAAUUGGAAGAAGCAGUGGGACAGGUGUAGCUACAGCAUCAUCAUUUGCUGGGUCUAGUGAUGUUUAUGAGGGGUCUUAUGAAAAUUUGUACCGCAGUGGGUCAAUGUAUGGUGAUGCUACUUGGCAGUCUGCAUCCUCUGAGGUAGAUGGUACUGGUUCAUUUGGUUAUGGACUUGGAAAUUCAUCAGACGUUACACCUAAGGACUCUGAAGGUUAUGUUGGAGGUUAUACUAUUGCAAAUAGGCAAUCUAAUAGAGGGAUUGCUGCAUAGGAAAUUUUAUUAUUUGAAUGUCUGAGGAUAAUAGUAGAAGAAAGAGACUCAAGUGAAACAGGUGGCCAGUUGAGUUGCAUAUGUGUUUUCCAAAAAUAUUUCAGCUUACAAGGACUUUGAUCAUAUAGAGCUAACGGGGGGGCGGGUCUUAUUCAACGUAUACAUAUUCACAGAGAGAGAGAGAGAGAGAGAGAGAGAGAGCAGUUUCAAGGGAUUUUGUGGUGGUUUGAGAUUUGAUUUUCUAAUAUAAUUUAGGUUCCUUUGUGGGCAUUUGAUUGAGAUGUAAAUGAGUGCGGGAUAUACUCAGGAGGUCCAUUCUAGUUAAUGUGUUGUGCAUCUCUUCUACAAUAUGGUACUGCUGGUACUACUACUAUAUCAAAAGGUAGAGUAUUAUUUUUUUAAUAUUCUUUUUCACCUUUUUGGUAUCUUGUUUUCCUUUCUGCUGUAAUGACUGGCGAAGUUGCUGGCAUCUUCUGUUCUCAUAGUUUCCUUCUUUUCUGGGAACUGUACUUCUCUCAGAUUGUAUGUGAGGUUCUGUCUGAUUUUCUAGCGUGAUUAUUAGUAGGGAUACCGACCUAGGAUCCCCAUCAAUAAGUUACUGAAGAUUUGUGAUUCGUUUUGUUUUUGGAGAUUAAUGUAUUCAACGUGUUUAAAACUUUUGUUUGGACAUUAUUGAAUGGAUGGCUGAGCAUGAAUAGAAUUCCACUUUCUGUCUUCA